AUGAAUCCAAUCACUAAUUUUGUCUAUCGACAAUGCUUAGCGUUAUCUACUCGACAAUUUUUAAUAACUAGUCGAACGUAUAAGUCGAAUUUAUCGUAUGAUAAAUUGUUUCCUAAGUCCCACUCACUUGACGUGCUAUCCGGACCAAUCCAAGCGCCGACGAAUGAAUCGACUGGAAAGGAAAAAUUCAAUGGAUUUAUUCCAAUAGAUAAACUCGACGUUACUCAUCGACAUGCACGAGGCCCAGGUGGUCAGCAUGUGAAUAAAACAUUAACCGGAGUGGAAAUUCGAUUUCAUGUCGAGUCAGCAACAUGGAUACCUGAGUCGAUAAAACCUCGUUUUUGUGAUAUGAAUCACACACGUAUUAACCGUGAUGGUUACUUUAUAAUAUUCUCCGAUGAAACGCGUCAUAGAUUGCUGAAUCAAGCACACUGUUUAGAUCGAAUUCGCGCUCUGAUUCGAGAAGCAAGUCUUAUUCCGAAAGGAUUGAGUGAUGAGGAGAGAAAAACAAUUGAACAGAGAAAGAAAGCUGCAUCUCAGGAACGUGUGAUUCGUAAGCGAAUUCAAUCAAUGCAUAAACAAGAAAGAAAGCCGUCCUCGACAGACUUAAAUUAA